GUGAUGCUUCACGAUGCCCUUUUCGUCACGCGAUGCACACAUCGCACCGCAGUUCGAACAUUCGGAGCUGGUGAGGACAUUCGAGCAGUUGCAUCGUUGCACCUGCUACAUGAACAAGUGUUCCCGCUUGGCAGCAGCAGCACCAUGGUCCUUGAGCUGCUUUCCAACAAGCAAUUGUUUCGGAACGAAUUCCAACAAUCCACACACCGGUUGCUGCGGGUCUGCCAAAUCUUCGGCACCGUCCCGUGGGAGGUCACGCUGUUCACCUGCGACAGUAAGCCGCUCAGCCGCUGGGCCGUGUGGAUCGUCCGGGCAGCGAACGUGCUGUACUCGCUCUGCCUAAUGGCAGCGGUAAUGGUGGCCACCGUUCUGCAGCACGUCGAGUUCGACCGCCAUAUGCCGUUUAUGACGCGCAUGCUCUACAUCAGCGAGUACAUCAUGGAGAACGGUGUGGUGAUGAUGGUGCUGAUCGGAUGCCACUAUCAGCGCCGCUGUUACGGUCGCUUUUCCGCCCAACUGUUGGCGGUCGCGAUCGAUGUGUCGCUGUGCGGUGGGACGGUCGACUUUCAGCGCAUCGAAACCAUCUUCAACCGGUUGGUGGGCUGUGUGAUGCUUUUCUUUGCCGGCGUGCUGAUGGUCGACUUCCUGUACAACGAUCAAAUGUUCUGGAGCUUUGUGCGCAGUUCGGCGAUCUACACACUGUCGAACCUGAUCAACGUGCUGGGGCUGGUGCAGUACGCGUACGUGCUGUACUUUCUGUUUUUCUUCUACUACGACAUGAACCGGCUGCUGCAGUCGUACACGCGCCAUCUCAAAGCUCAGGAUAAGCGGUACUUGCGUCGGCUGACCAGUGAGAUCGUCCUUCCGUCCGGGGCGUUGUACGAUUACGCUCAGCUAAUCGAUAUCCUGCGCCGAACGCAUCUACAGCUGAGCGCACUAACGGAGCAGGUGAACGGUUGCUUCGGUGUGCUGAUCGUGUCCACUACGACCGCUUCGUUCGUUGUGCUUAGUUUGCAGUUUUUUGCCAUCUACCAGGCAACGACGGUCCGGCACUGGACCAUGACCGAUACGUAUCUGCUCGUGUACACCGUGCUGUGGAUAGUGCUGCACGCUGCCAAGGUACUAAUCAUCCUGUACCCGUGCCAUCUGGUGCAGCGCGAACGGGACCGUACCGGGCCGAUGCUCUACCGGUUCGAUCUGACCGUCCGGGACAGUGCGUUGAAUAAUGCGUUGGCCAAGUUUUCCAGCCAGCUGCUGCACGUACAGGGUCCGCUGACGGCGUGCGGUGUUAUCAAUCUGGAAAUGACGCUCAUUAGCACGAUGGUAGGCGCCCUUACAACAUACCUCGUGAUACUGAUACAGUUCGAUACGGCCGUUUCCCAAGGUCAUACAGCUCCCAGCAACGGUUCCACCUCAUCCUUCAGUGCUAGCGGACACGGUAACGGAUCACUUCCUGCCUAGCGGUGGCGAUUUUUCCACCUCGACUCAUCUCAUUAGCUUUUCAUCAGUUUUCACCGUUGCGUGCCGACUCGGUCCGCUACCAUACUUUCGUGCGAGGAACGUGAUUACAAUUGUCAACGGUUGUCAU